UGUGGAAGAGCCCUGGGCGGACGAUGGAACUGCACAUUCUGGAACACCGGCUGCAAGUUGCCAGCGUCGCCAAGGAGAGUAUCCCGCUCUUCACCUACGGCCUCAUCAAACUUGCCUUCCUGUCUUCCAAGACCAGGUGCAAGUUUUUCAGUCUGACAGAAACCCCCGAGGACUACACCAUCAUCGUAGAUGAGGAGGGCUUCCUUGAGCUGCCCUCCUCUGAACACCUGAGUGUGGCUGAUGCCACCUGGCUAGCCCUGAACGUGGUGUCCGGUGGCGGCAGUUUCUCCAGCUCCCAGCCCAUCGGUGUGACAAAGAUCGCCAAGUCUGUCAUCGCUCCCCUGGCUGACCAGAACAUCUCCGUGUUUAUGUUGUCCACCUAUCAGACUGACUUCAUCCUGGUGCGUGAGCGUGACCUGCCCUUUGUCACUCACACCUUGUCCUCGGAGUUCACCAUCCUUCGGGUUGUCAAUGGAGAAACGGUAGCGGCCGAGAAUCUCAGUAUCACCAAUGGCUUUGUGAAGCCCAAGAUGGUCCAGAGGCCAGUCAUCCACCCCUUAUCCAGCCCAAGCAACAGGUUCUGUGUCACCAGCCUGGACCCUGACACACUGCCCGCCGUCGCCACACUUCUCAUGGAUGUGAUGUUCUAUUCCAAUGGAGUGAAAGACCCCAUGGCUGCCAGUGACGAUUGUGGCCACAUCCGCUUCUUCUCCUUCUCGCUCAUUGAGGGCUACAUCUCACUGGUGAUGGAUGUCCAGACCCAGCAGAGGUUCCCGAGCCAUUUGCUAUUCACGAGUGCAUCCGGAGAGCUCUGGAAGAUGGUGCGGAUAGGAGGACAACCCCUGGGAUUCGACGAGUGUGGAAUUGUAGCCCAGAUCUCUGAGCCCUUGGCAGCUGCCGACAUCCCGGCAUAUUACAUCAGUACUUUCAAGUUCGACCAUGCAUUGGUUCCAGAGGAGAAUAUCAGUGGUGUUAUCCACGCCCUGAAGGUCAGUCAAGGAGGGAAGCAUUAGAAGAGGCGAAGCUCAUCUCCGGGCUCCUCUCCACCACAGCCUACCUGGGCCUUUUCCCCAACGAAGGUUAUUCUUGCAGUAUUUCCCUAUGGACUGAAAGAUCGGCCCCAGGACCCUAAGGACGGGGCCUCUGGGACACUCCCCUGAUUCCUGACUCCCUCCAGGCCUGAGUCCAAGCCAAGGCCAUCCCCACAUCCACCUCCAGCCUUCCAGCGUCCCCAGCCUUUUCAAUAAUGACUCAGUUUCCCCCCAGUGGGGACGGGCCCAUCUUCCUCCCCCAAAUUCCACCCCAGAAAGUGGUCUCUGAGGCCCGGGGGGCUUGGGAACAGCCCAGGGCCUCACCUACAGCCCACAGCAAACACCAAAGGAAGUUGGCGCCUCCCACAAGACAUUGGGGUCCUGAUGCACCUAGGGACAUCUUAGGAGGUUGGUGGAGCAAGAUUGGGUGUGCAGAGCUGGGGAAGCCUCCGUGAGGAGCCCGCCGCCCCAGGGUGAAUGGUACUAAUAUCAGAGGAACAGGGCCUGGUUCCCUCAGGAUGGUGGCCAGCAGGCCACCCUCAGGUCAUAAAGGCCAUUGAGCCUCAGACAGUAACAGUGGGCCCCCUACGACCAAGCUGGGGAAACCAACCCAAGACCCCAUAACCCCACCUGCUGACCACACAGGGCCUGUGUCGAUUCCCGUGACAACUGCCAAGAGGGGUCCUGGGCCAACCUCCCAACCAAGAGCCCUUGUCCCUGGAGGAGGACGGGAUCCCAGGACACCUCCUUUCCUACCAGCCUAGAGCACCAGCUUCUAUCCGUCCUCUGUUCGCUCUCCCUGGACCCAACAUGGGCAAGCAAAGACUCAGUUUCCUCCUCUCAGCAAUGGACAUCCCCACCAGCCCAGGCCUAGAGUGCCUUGGGCCAUGUCCACCUCCCCAGCUGUCACUUAGACCAGCCUAGAGUUUCCCCCUUCAUCCUCUCUACCCCACUUUUAGGGGACAAAGAGGCCUCAAGCCCCCAGUUCACAUACCUGCCCAAAAUACACCCAGCAGUCUGUGGCCGUGGUGAUACCUGGGAGGCAGCUAUCUUGAGCAUUUGUAGAGAGGGGGGGGGGAAAAAUCACAUUUGCAGUUUUUUUAUUCAGGUUUUUUU